AUGGAUGUUGUAAACACCCCAGCCUACAUGGAUUGGGCUAAUAUCCAGUUUGUUCCUUCUCGCCUCCGCUCCAUGGUGGCCGCAACGCAAUUUCUUCCAAUUGACCUCCCUGCCACCCACACAAUCACUCUCCGCCAGAGACAACAGCCCAGGAAUACGGAGCAGCCCGCCCCAGCCGCCACACACGGCCUGGGAGCACGCGCUGGCCACGGGGAGAGAGCUUCUAAGAGCGCUCGCAUCUUCGAGAACCGCGUUAGCUCGUCUUUCCGCGGAAGUGGGAGCCUCCGCUGGGGAUAA